AAGCAAGAUGUGCCACAGAGUUAUUCGUGAUAGUAGUAACAGAUAGCCUGGCAGAGAAGAAAGAUAAUAUGAACUUAUACAUACCAGAAUUCUUAGAAGGAAUAGUUACACAGUAUCAAGAUAUAUUUCUGGAAGAACUUUCUAAGGAAUUACUAGCAAAAAGAAGC